UUAAUUGAUAAACUAUUUCAAUUGUUUCGCGAUGACAGAUGGAGCAUAUUGAGAAGGUAGAGUUGCUCUACGUAAAAAGGAGUGUGACAAGUAGCGAACUGUUAUAAAUCAUUUAGCGAAUUAAUAAAGAAUUUGAUCAAAAUGGCUAUGCGAAAUUUAACAGAACCAUUCAUUUUAAUGCGAAAUAAUGCUUUACAAAGCAAGCACAUAUAUGCCGAACAAAAUUUGUCUGACCGAAUGGCACUAGUGGCUUCGGAUUCUGGUACCUCGGACAACGUCGAAUUAAAAAAUGUUAAUUUGGAAAGUAACGCACCACCUGUAUGGACAGAUGCCUUGGAGGAGACCCAAUAUAUUUUAAGUAGAUUGCGUGUCAAAAUAGACAGCUUAGUAGAGUUACAUGCUAAACAAUUAACUAGGCCAACAUUAGACGAUACAUCACAGGAAGAGAGACAAAUGGAACAACUGACACGAGAAAUAGGACGUGCAUUUUCUAGCGGUUAUCAUCAAGUACAAACAAUAAAAACUGCAGCAAGGCAUGCUACUGGAUCUGUGGAACGUCAAUUAGCCAUAAGCGCGGUAAUGGCACUUUCAACAGCUUUACAAGAGCUGGGUCUACGAUACAGAUCAGCUCAGAAUCACUAUUUAACACAGGUAAAGUCAAGAGAAGAGAGGAGUAACCAAUUUUUUACAGAAGAUCAGUCAAUAUUUUUAAAUAAUGCUGCAGCAGACACAUGGUUAAUGGAGUCAAACGAAACAAAUUCAGAUUCUUGGGAUAAUAGAGAACAACAACAACAAGAUUCUGUACUUUUACAAUUGGAGGAUCCUGAAGAUAGAAUGAAAUUAGCCGCAGAAAGAGAAGAACAGAUUGGCAACAUAGUUCAAAGUAUAGCAGAUCUCAGGCAUAUAUUCAAAGAUUUAGCAAGUAUGGUGCAGGAUCAAGGUACCAUUUUGGAUAGGAUCGAUUAUAAUAUUGAACAGACACAGGUACAAGUACAGGAGGGUUACAAACAACUGAGAAAGGCAGACUCUUAUCAAAGAGCCAAUAAAAAAUUGUAUUGUAUAGUCGUGCUUGCAGGCGCCAUUAUUCUAGUCAGUUUUCUUUUUGUUGUAUUUAAAACAUGAAAUUUCUAUUUCAAUUUGCACGAUUGCAUUUUAGUAUAUAAUUUGUUAUUAAUUAUUUUUGUAAAAAAUGAAAAACAUGCUUACAUAAUGUAUAAUUUGGGCAAAAAAUAUUUUUCGAUAAAAUACUUUGGGAAAUUUCUGAUACAACGUAAACAGGAAAGUAACGUGGAAUAUAAUUAAGCAGAUACAUAUUUUAUUUUUGUGACCGUAUCAAUUAUUCUUUUCAUUUCAUGCUCGAAAUCAUUCCAUAGUGUUGACUUAUUUCCGGAUAUUUAUUCCGUAUUGUUUAUUGUAUACAUCAUUACAUGUGAUGGGGGUCUUAAGACUUAUAUAUAAUAUAAAUGUAAAUAUUAAUAAUCAUAAUUUUUAAUUAUAUUUUGAAUUUAAAUUAACUGUAACAUAUAUUUACGUUGAGAUUACAGCUGUAAAUUUUUAAUAAAACAAAGAGUAGCUGAAACAAACGGAAAUCAAAUGUGUUCACAAAUAAAAUGAACCGUAAAAAGGCAUGAUAAAUGUCGAUCGGCAGAUUGUCGCCUUUUAGCUGAUUGACAAUUUUAGUAGUCUAGUCUGGCCUGAUGUAGUAUAGUAUACAAGAGAAAAAGAAAUAUGAAAGGUGAACUUACUCUUGUGUGUGUAGUGUAUUGCAGUUGUUUCCUUUCCUGUUUUAAAAUAAAUGAAUAUUUUAUCGAA